CGCCGGGGUGGGCCGCGCCGCGGCGGGCGGGCGGGCGGGGGGCGCUUCCUGGGGCCGCGCGUCCAGGGAGCUGCGCCGUCCGCCUGUCCGUCUGCCGCAGGCACUGCCGAAGCCAGCCGAGCCGCCGGAGCCGUGGGCCGCGGGGCCGUCGCGGGCCCAACCCCAGGAUGCUCCCGUUCGCCUCCUGCCUCCCCGGGUCUCUACUGCUCUGGGCGCUGCUGCUGUUGGUCUUGGGGGCAGCGUCUCCCCAGGAUUCCGAGGAGCCCGACAGCUACACGGAAUGCACAGAUGGCUAUGAGUGGGACCCUGACAGCCAGCACUGCAGGGAUGUAAAUGAGUGCCUGACCAUUCCUGAGGCCUGCAAGGGGGAAAUGAAAUGUAUCAACCAUUACGGGGGCUACCUGUGCCUGCCCCGCUCGGCUGCUGUCAUCAAUGACCUGCAUGGAGAGGGACCCCCACCGCCUGUGCCCCCUGCUGAACACCCCCACCCCUGCCUCCCGGGCUAUGAGCCUGAUGAGCAAGAGCACUGCGUGGAUGUGGACGAGUGUGCCCAGGCCCUGCACGACUGCCGCCCCAGCCAGGACUGCCAUAACCUGCCUGGGUCCUACCAGUGUACCUGUCCCGACGGCUAUCGCAAGAUUGGGCCCGAGUGUGUGGAUAUAGACGAGUGUCGGUACCGCUACUGCCAACACCGCUGCGUGAACCUGCCUGGCUCCUUUCGCUGCCAGUGUGAGCCGGGCUUCCAGCUGGGGCCCAACAACCGCUCCUGUGUGGAUGUGAACGAAUGUGACAUGGGGGCUCCGUGUGAGCAGCGCUGCUUCAACUCCUAUGGGACCUUCCUAUGUCGCUGCCACCAGGGCUAUGAGCUGCACCGGGAUGGCUUCUCCUGCAGUGAUAUCGAUGAGUGCAGCUACUCCAGUUACCUCUGCCAGUACCGCUGUGUCAACGAGCCGGGCCGCUUCUCCUGCCACUGUCCACAGGGCUAUCAGCUGCUGGCCACGCGCCUGUGCCAAGACAUUGACGAGUGUGAGUCGGGUGCACACCAGUGCUCUGAGGCCCAGACUUGUGUCAACUUCCACGGGGGCUACCGCUGUGUGGACACCAACCGCUGUGUGGAGCCUUACGUCCAGGUGUCCGACAAUCGCUGUCUCUGUCCGGCCUCCAACCCCCUGUGCCGGGAGCAGCCCUCAUCCAUCGUGCACCGCUAUAUGAGCAUCACCUCAGAGCGGAGCGUACCAGCGGACGUGUUCCAAAUCCAAGCAACCUCCGUCUACCCUGGUGCCUACAAUGCCUUUCAGAUCCGUGCUGGAAACUCGCAGGGAGACUUCUACAUUAGGCAAAUCAACAAUGUCAGCGCCAUGCUGGUCCUCGCGCGGCCUGUGACAGGUCCCCGGGAGUACGUGCUGGACCUGGAGAUGGUCACCAUGAACUCCCUCAUGAGCUACCGGGCCAGCUCUGUACUGAGACUCACCGUCUUCGUGGGGGCCUACACCUUCUGAGGGGCUGAAGGGCCCCAUUGACAGGAGCUGGGAGCUGCAACCCCAAGGCUGGGACUGGCCUACAUACCAUGGGCACCAGAAUCACCCAAGAAGCAAGGAGGUAACGAGGCUGCAGACUCCAGGCCCCAGCCCAGAAACUUGGACUUGGCUGGUCUGCAGCGGGCCUGAAGAAUCCUGCUCUAGACAGUGCCAGGAGGCCCUGGGUUUCAAUCCCAGCUUGGCCUCAAACUAUCAGUUGGGAGAAAUCCUAGCAGCUCUGAGUCUCAGUGUUCCAAUCCAUAAAAUGAGGCCACUGGAUUGUUAGCGCUUUAUAAACUUUUCUUUUCCAAGCUACAGAA